AUGGCUCGCCACGUGGUGCUGAUGAUGUUUCUCACGCUCGUCCUGUCAGCACGUGCCCUCGGCUCGGAGGCGCGCGUCAAACUGAACUCAAUCAGGACGGUGAUUCUGAAGGAGGGGCACGCUCUGCCGCUGAACCGGAGCACGUGGGAGCCCAGCCUCGACCUUACGCUCUAUCAGUGCAUGAGUGACCUGGAGUGCAGAGAAGGAAGCUACUGCCACGCCCCCACCAAAGGCCCCGCCCAUUCUCGCUGUCAGAACUGCCGCAGGAGGAAGAGGCGUUGCGAUAGGGAUGGCAUGUGUUGCCCAGGCAACCACUGCAGCAACAAUAUCUGUGUUCCCGACGUCGAGAGUUUUGUGUCUCAGAGGAUCCCGGACUCUGACGGAGGGAUUGGUUCGCUCUCUAAGAAGAAAGGGUUUAGGAAAAGAGGGAGGAUGGACGUAAAAGGGACCUCAAGUCGAGGUCAGGUUGGGGAUCCCUGUCUCCGCACCUCAGACUGUUCGGACGGUUUGUGCUGCGCCCGUCACUUCUGGACUCGCAUCUGCAAGCCGGUGUUGCGGGAGGGACAGGUUUGCACGCGACACCGCCGCAAGGGGAACCACGGCCUGGAGCUCUUCCAGCGCUGCUCCUGCGGGGACGGACUCAGCUGCCGAACCCUGCGAGAGCCCGGCGUCCAGCCUUCAGCGCCGUCUGCAUCUUCAUCACUCCUCGCUGCAGCAAAAUCCAAAUUUUCAGCCUCGUCCCGCCACUCCUCCCCCCACACUUCUCUGCUGGCUUCAAAGUCGUCGUCAGAAGUGUCGAAGACGAGACUUCACGUGUGCCAGAAAAACUAA